UGAUAAGCCUAGUGAGACUGAGGCGGAAGCCGCUGCAGAGAGGGACAACAUAGCUGUAAAUAUAACUACUGAUAUUGAUAUUGACACAACUGGUGCUGCAAUUCCGGUUGAUGAUCAUGUGCCAGGGGAAGGACUUUAUGGUUAUGAUCCUAACAAGCCUUGUAUGGAUAUUGGCACUGUGUAUCCAAACAUGAAGGAGUUUAGAUUGGCCAUGAAACAAUUUGCAAUAAAUGAGGAGUUUGAAUACCGCUUAGUCGCAACAGAUAAAAAUAGGUACAUUGCUGAUUGCAAAGAUGAUGAUUGCCCAUGGCAUAUUAAUGGCCGAAGACAACCUGAUGGGUCGACUGUGAAGGUUACAGCUUUGAUUAAAAGACAUACAUGUACUUCUAGCGCAAGGAGGAGGACCACCAUUCCAUCAAGUGGCUGGGUGGCAUCAAAGGCCAUCCAUCACCUCAAGAAGGAUUCCACCAUAGGCACGAAAAGAAUGAAGGAUCUGCUAGAAGAUGAGCACAACUGUGAGAUUCACUAUGACACAGUCUGGAAGGGAAGACAAAUGGCCAUGGAUGAGUUGUUUGGCAGCUGGCGACAAAGCUUCCAAAUGUUGUUCAAUUGGAGGGCAGAGGUACUGCAGCGAUCACCUGGAAGUAUAAUUGAAAUUGACAUAAAGGAGGUAGAUGGGGAAUUGUAUUUCCAUAGAUUUUUUUGUGCAUUAAGUCCUUGCAUUGAGGGUUUUUUAGAGGGUUGUAGACCUUAUGUUAGCAUCGACUCAACAUCACUUAAUGGUAGAUGGAAUGGGCAUAUGGCUGCAGCUACUGCUAUAGAUGGUCAUAAUUGGAUGUAUCCACUUGCUUUUGGUUUCAUAGAUGCUGAGACAAUAGAUAACUGGACAUGGUUUAUGACUCAGCUGCAUAAGGCCAUAGGACACCUACCAGUACUUGCUAUUUGCACUGAUGCAUGCAAAGGGUUAGAAAAAGCUGUCAAAAAUGUGUUUCCUCAAGCUGAACAUAGAGAAUGCUUUAGGCAUCUAAUGCAGAAUUUUAUUAAAAGAUUUGGAGGAGACACAUAUUCAAAGAUGUAUCCUGCAGCAAGAACAUAUAGGCCUAGAGUUUUCAAAUAUUUCUUCGACCAAGUAGUUACAGGUAGCCCUCAAAUAUUGGAAUGGCUUGAAAACUAUCACAACUUGUUAUGGAUGAGAAGUGCCUUUAACCCUGAUAUCAAGUGUGAUUAUGUUACCAACAACCUUGCUGAGAGCUUCAAUAAUUGGAUCAGAGAUUGGAAAGACCUACCUAUAGUUGAGCUUGCUGACAAGAUUAGAGAGAUGAUAAUGACACUAUGGAACAAGAGACGUGCAAUUUCAGAGAAGCUUAAUGGAAAGAUCCUACCAACAGUACUACAACAAUUGAAAGCAAGGACUAGGGGUCUAGGAAACCUAACUGUUGUCAAGGCAGGUCCUUUUGCUGCAGAGAUACAUGACACAACUAGCACACACAAUAGGCAUGUUGUCAAAUCACAUUUGCAUGAAUGUACAUGUCUUCAGUGGCAGCACACUGGAAAACCUUGUCAGCAUGCCUUGUGCCUCAUAACAGCACAACAAAGUAUUAAUGUCAAGAUGGAAGACUUUGUUCAUGAUUAUUACUCAGUGGAGAGGUUCAAGAAUGCUUAUAAGAGACUCAUAGAGCCUCUUCCAGAUAAGACCCAGUGGCCUGAAGUUGAGCUUGAAUUUCCUGUUAAGGCACCAUUGGGUAAAAGACCUGCUGGAAAGCCCAGAAAACUGAGAAUCAAAGGAUGUUUGGAGGGGGAAAAAGGUGGCAUGAGCAAAAAAGAUGCAAAGGAUGCUGCCAAUCAAGUUGAUAAGGAUGCAGAAUUGGAAGCCCAGGAAGCUGCUCAGGGAAAGAGGCAACUAAUCAUGGGAAAAAGAAAGUGCAAGGGGUGUGGUGAAUUGGGUCAUGGAGAAACUAGCUACAAGUGCAAGCUUAAUGGGACAAAAAAAAGGAAAAGGAAGCCCAGAAAAAAUACUACUAAAUAUGGGCCAAAUGCUAAAAUCCCAACAAAAAGGACAAAGAAGCAAUCUGAGCAAGAAGUGCAAGAUGCACAAGUUGAGCAAUCUAAGGAAGCAGUGCAAGAUGAGCAAGCUGAGCAAUCAGCUAUUGUCCCAUUUGCUCCAGAAAUGUCACUUGUAGAAACCAGCUCCACCAAUCUGACCAUGGAAACAUAUGUCCAGCCUACUGAUGAGCCAUCCAGGACCACUCGAAGAACUCCAAUAAAGAAGAAAACGACACCGAAGAAGCUGAUCCCAAGGAAGACGAAAACAAGCUGAGCAACAUGUUUGCAGAAUAAAGCUAUGUUUGUUAACCUGUAUCUUGUAUGAACCUAUGUUUGUGAAGCUGUAUCUUACUAUGAGGAACAUGUGUCAUUUGAACCUGUAUCUUUCUGUUAACUUUGGCCAUCCCAGAAUUUAUGGUCACGUGUUUGUGAAUCCUUUUAUUUUCUGCUCA